UUAUUUUUCGACAAUUCACUCGUUUUCAUGUCAUAGAUUCUCUAUGAUUUCUAAAAUAGUUUAGUUACCUCCCUUAUGUACAAAACCGACAAGAAAUGAUGAGUGUUUAACUACAAACUGCCCAAUUACAUUUAUGCAAGGUGUCCCAAUCAAGAAAGUUUGGCGUCUGUUAUUUCAAUGAUAACCCAAUAUUUACGUCUGUCUAGAUUGGCAAGGCUUUGCAGCAAACAGACACGAAUACAGACUUUAGCCACCCCAUUUAUGUACAGGCUGUACUGUCAGAAAACUGAUUCUGCCUCUUCAAUUGGAGCCAACUGUGACCCAAUGGAUCUCUCCAAUGUAAUAAAAAAGUUAAACAAAAUGGCACAUCCAUCCCUAGCAGGCAGCUGGGAUAAUGUUGGCCUCUUAGUAGAACCAUCACCGCCUCACAUAGUGAACAUGAUCCUUCUCACAAAUGACCUCACUCCUCCUGUCGUUGAGGAAGCAAUCUUGAGGAAGGCAGACCUGAUCGUGUCCUACCACCCGCCAAUAUUUUCUGCCCUGAAGAAACUUACCCAAAGGCAGUGGAAGGAGAAGAUUGUGAUACAGUGCUUGGAGAAAAAGAUGGCCGUCUUCUCCCCUCAUACUACAUAUGACUGCUUGCUAGGCGGUGUCAAUGACUGGCUCAUCGGAUGCUUUGAGUGCAAAGAUAUCCAGCCUGUUGAACAACAUACAGAAAUGCUGAACAAUUCAACCCAUGUUGUGGAGUUCGACACCCAGUCAGAGAUAUCAAGUCGUCUACACGCCAAGUUCAAAACCAUACAGGAUAGUUCUGUAGCACAAUGUUUGCAAGGUGCUGAUGGCCUGGUCCAUAUGAAGGUGAUGUGUAGCAAGGCAGCUCUAACUCAAAUCAUGGCCAGAUUAAAAGACUUUGAUAUGGCAAACAUAUCCAAUCUACAAUUCAUGCAGUUGUCUGAGGUUCCGAAGGUUGGAUACGGUAUGGGACGGAAGUCCAAACUGAAGUCCAGUGUAAGUCUCGACGAUGCAGUCAAUACAGUGAAGAAGCAUCUCAAACUGGAUCAUGUUCGGCUUGCAGUUUCACCUGAGACCAAAGCGGUGAGCAGUGUUGCGGUGUGUGCUGGUUCAGGCAGUAGUGUGCUCCAUAAUGUCCCAGCAGACCUGUAUGUGACGGGGGAGAUGUCACAUCACGAGGUACUUCACGCCAUGUACAGCGGCACAUCCGUUAUACUCUGUGACCAUAGCAACACGGAGAGGGGCUACCUAGUGGCAUUGAGGGAGAAAUACAGAGAGAUGUUCGAAGGAAAGAUUCAAGUGGAAGUGUCUGAAACGGACGCAGAUCCGUUGAAAAUUGUUUGAUUCAUUUGUUGUCUCUUCUUUUUUAAAUUAUAUUUUAUUGGCCUAAAGGGAAUUAUUAUCAGCUUUUGGUGUGUUUUUUAAGUACCUUUCCCACAUGCGAAGAAUAGUGUUUGCUGCUCAUCAGUAACUAAGGGUUUGAAAUGAAGCCUUUAAAACUUGAAUUUGGUAAAAAAGGUAUUUAAUUGAAUGUGACUUUCUAAAGGACUACAAAUGCGUCAAAAUACGUAUCUAAGUGGUAAAGGGUUAAAUGCUGUCGGUUGUAAACGUUUUUGCAAAUUUACCAAAGCAAUUUUUUUUUUCAAUUUAUGAUUAUCAAUAAACAAACAUGUUUUUA